UUAAUAUUAACUCCUUGUUUAUAAAAACAUGCAAUUAUUAAUAAUUACAUUCAUAAAUAAUAAUUGGUUAUGUUGUUUUACUGAUGAAAGCUCGGGUUACAGAUUUUCUGGGAAUUCCCCAUUUACUUAAGUGUUUCUUAUUUGCACUGCUGAAGUGUCCCUCAGUCUCAAAAAGUUAACAAACAAGCACGUUUGGUGACUAAUAAACACUCAUAUUAAUUAAUUUUCAUUCUAAGUUCACGAAAAAAUUAGUGGGUAAACAUGGGUAAAAAGAAAGGAAAGGUAUCUCAUAAAAUUCAAAAUCCUAACCUCAAAAAAGAUACUGAAAUUAAAACCGAAAACAAUAAAUCUGGUGAUAAAAAUAGCACUGUAUCGCAAGAAGUUACCUGUAAUAAUACUCAAAAUGAAGAUAAAAAGGUGGUGCAGGAAUCUGAUCAGAUUUCCAAUGAACCUCAAGAAAAUAUUGAGCCUGUAGCUGAAUCCUGGGAUGAUAUUACUGAAGUGCCUCCAUUACGAAGACAUGAGGUGACUCCAUCAUCAAGCGGUGCCACACAACAUGAAAACUGGAGAUCGUCUAAGGAUAGACCAAAAUUUAACGAUUAUGAUUGGGAUAAUAAACCAAAAACUGAACAUACGUCUAACCCAAACAGGUCUCUUGAUAUCGAUUGUGAGAAUACUGCAUUAAAAUUUUCUGAAGAAUCUAAAGACUUGUUCACAGUUUCUGAAGACUACUCUCUAUGUCAUUGCGUUGCUGAAGACUUUACAAUGGGUGCAGGUAUUGCUGUACUGUUUCGUGAUAAAUUUGGACAAGUUGCAGAAUUAUUACAACAAAGACCGAAAACCGGUGGUUUUGCAUACCUUAAGGAUAAAAAUAGAUUCAUAUACUAUUUAGUAACAAAACAGAGAAGUACUGGUAAACCUCGUAUAGAAGAUCUUGAAUCAUCAUUGACACAAAUGCGGGAUCACAUGUUGGAAAACAAUGUGACUAAAUUAGCUAUGCCAAAAAUUGGUUGUGGCUUAGACAGACUGCAAUGGCAUGAUGUUUCCAGAUUGAUACGAAAGAUAUUUCACAACGAUUCGUUAGAUAUCCUAGUAUGUUCUGUAGACCAAACUGAGCCUACCGAGCCAAAUGAUAUUACAAGUCCAUCAAAGAUACGCACGGUAAUCAAACACCGUUUGUUUCCUCUAUCCCAAAUUGAAACGGAAACAUUGCUUGUCUUCACAGUCUCAACACAAGGCGAAAUAACACCUGAAAUGGAAGAACUAGAUAAAAAGUAUCCUUUUAUUAUGGAUUUUAAACGUUCAAAAAAUCGCACUUUGGGAGAUUAUUACUUUAUCCAAGUUAGAAACGAGUGGAUUGUUGGAUUGUACGUUAAACAGAAACCAAAGGACCCGUUUUUAUAUUUCCAUUUCUAUAAGGCUUUGCAAAAAGUUGUGAGAGAAAAAAAGAAUAUUAGAUUUAUAGGUAUGGAUUAUAUCGAGGAUGAAAAUGAUGUGCUUUUAAUGGAUAAAUAUGUACGCUGUUUAAAUUUUAUUUUAAAAAAAUGA